AUGUACUAUGGGCCCAACAGACCGAAACGCCGAAGAACGCCGAACGGACUCGCAAAGUGUGCCUCGGGGGAGCACGCCGGCAGUUUCCCGCUUGCUACUGCGUCACCUGGGUCGUUCAGUCGGCGUGAGCAUAACGUAAUGAGGUCAUCAAGACCCGGAAGGACACCACUGAGAAUGGAGUCGGUUGAUACUGUGGCUCCUGUGCUUCCAACAACUCAGCGUACUGUGAUCAUAGAAGCUGGAGAUCGGGUGCGCGUCCGAGACGAUAUGCCUUUGCCUACGCUUGAGAAACACCAGUUCUUGAUCCGAACGGAGGCCGUGGUAAUCAAUCCUAGCGACACCAAAACGCGUCCUGAUUAUACCGCAACCGUCGUCGCUUGUAGGCCAGAGGUCACAGAGGUCAAGGUUGGUGACAGGGUGUGUGGAGCUCAGCAUGCCAUGAACGCCAACACACCUCAUCGUGGAUCAUUCGGAGAACACGACAUUUCUAGUAUGAUUAUCAAGGAAGAUGCUGCUAGUUCAAGUCCGUGA